AGUUUCCUGUUACCGAACUGAAACGUCCUAGUAACCGCAAGAAAUAAAAACAGGAAGGAACACUAGGCAACGAUUUCAAACAAUCGAUAAAUAAAAUAGAAAAAUAUUUGACAUCGACUCAACGCGAAAUCUUGUCAUUUAUUCGGAAUCAAGAAGCUCCUAAGAAAUGUUCCACCAAUCUAAAUCGCACAGAGUUGGAGCAAUAAAUAUUGUUGGCCAAAAUGUUGGCUUUGCUUCAAGGAUGCCUCCUAAGUUCACGGAUGAAGAUUGGGAUUUUAAUAAUAAGAUUAAAUUUCGUACCAUCGAUGACCAUCAAAAGCUUGCCGAAAGGAUUGUCGCAGAAUCAAAACGAGUUGUGGAUGAAACGAAGGAUACCACCGAAAAUUGGCAACGUGAAGUGGAACAUCACAUGAAGGAGAGAACAAGUGAAAUUCGAUUUUUGGUCGGUGAAUUAAAUAAGCAGAAAAAAACUGCAUUACAGGAGGACGAAGCCUUAAGUGUAUAUAGCCAGAGGAUCUUGAAUGCCUUAGACUUUUUGAAACAUAAAUCAUUAGAAGUUUGUAAUAAAUGUUUCAUAUUCCGGGAAGGACGUAUCGGAGUGGACCUAGUGGAUGAUGAAGUCGAUCGUCAAUUAAGACAAGAGCUUAAGGUGACCAAGGGAUGCCUGGCCUUGUUGGAAAAGACUCUUAAGGAAUCCAACGAACAAUUACGCAAACUUCGUGCUACAAUGUAUUUAUUGGACGAGGACCUUGGCCAUAAGGACAAAUCACUGCUUAUCGAUGAGGCAAAUUUAACUUUGAAACAAACUCAGCAAAAGGUUAGAAAUCAAAGGGAUUUGGCAAUACCAAAUUGCGUUUACUCUCUCGCCGAAUGGGAGCACAAGACUUAUCAAAAUGUUCAAGAUAAUGCUAAAGAACUAAACUCAGCCACUCAAUUACGAGCUUAUGUUGAUAUUCUUUUGAAACAAGUCGUUGAAGAUAUGCAAAAUCAAACAGAUAGAACCAACGAAGCUUUUGACAUGAGAAUCAAUGAAAUGCGUCAUGUGAAGAAAAUGCUGGAACAAAAACAUAGUGAUGUUGUGAAUCAUAUAAGCGAUGUAAAUCGAAAUCUAGUUCAAUUGGAAACAGAGCUAGCUGAUCGGGAAGAAUCAUUGCACUUGUGCUUGGUGAGGUUGAGCAAUCGUUCACAGAGACCAGGGUUGGAGUUGACAUGCGAUGCUGUUCAGAAUGCAUUGAACAGUGAAAUGAGAGUUUUGAAGGAAAAUAUUUCGAGACUCAAGAAAAAAGUUGCAGAAAAUAAGGCAUCACUACGCUAUUUGCUUCAUGUUCAAAUAAUGCAGGAGGAAGAGAUCAAUAUUAAGGCUAACAGCCUAAAAAUUGAUGAUGUCGAUUGUAUGACUAUACGACGGAUCCUUAGUUAUAGACCAUUUUAAUUAUAUUUGUGAAAUAAAUUUCCUGUUGAGACGUUGUCCAGCAAUAUA